AUGGUACCCCUCCCAGCCUCUCCACACCACCUGUCUCUGCCACUCCUGCUGCUGCCUGUGCUGCUGGGACCCACAGGAGUGGCUGGCGAGGAGGAGCUGCAAGUGCUUCAGCCCGACAGGUCCGUGUCAGUGGCAGCCGGACAGACGGCCACUCUGCCCUGCUUCCUGACCUCCCUGCGCCCUGUGGGGCCUGUUAAGUGGUUCAGGGGGACAGAGCCAAAUGAGGAGUUAAUCUACAGUUUCAAAGAGGAAGGUCACAUCCCCCGAGUGACAAACGUCUCGGACACCACAAGGAGAAACAACACGGACUUUUCCAUCUACAUCAUCAACACCACCACGGCAGACACUGGGGUGUACUACUGUGUGAAGUUUCAUAAAGGGAGCCCUGACGUGAAGCAUAAGACUGGGCCAGGUACCAGAAUGUUUGUGCGAGCUAAGCCCUCUCUUCCAGAGAUUUCCGGUCCCUCCUUCAGGGCCAGCCCAGGCCAGGUAGUGAAUCUCACCUGUGUGUCAAAGGGCUUCUUUCCCCAAAACGCAUCCCUGAAAUGGUUUAAAAAUGGAGUGGAGAUCCCAGCCUUGGAGACCGUCAUCGUGCCACGUGGAAACGCUUCCGCCUACAGCAUUGUCAGCACUGUCCUGGUGGCACUUGCCUUCUCGUCACUCCACUCCCAGGUCACCUGUCAAGUGUCUCAUGAUGAGUUGCCAAGUCCCCUCAGUGGGCAUGUGAACUUCUCCAGAUUCCUCAAAGUUGUACCCACAGUGACUAUACUGACACACUACGUCCCAGGCCUUCGGAUGACCAUUUUCAAUUGCCAUGUGGAAAGGUUUUACCCUGAAGUCAAACAAAUCACCUGGCUGGAGAGGACCGGAUGCUUCAAGACCUGUGAGGCCUUCGCCCCAAACAAGAACCCAGACGGCACAUUCAGCCAAGACAGUCUCAUCCUGGUCAACGCCUCAGAGUGUAAGGACAAGACACAGUUCACCUGCCGCGUGCAGCAUGAGGACCAGGUGGAGACCAGCAUGCUGCUGAGCGAGCCCCAAGAAGAGCAGGAGAGUCGGGGUGCCAGAGAUCCCAGCUUCUUCGGGACCCUCAUCCUGCUCACCUGGAAGUUUAUUCCCCUAACUGCCCUGAUGAUCAUCUGGCUCCUUAGGAGGAGCCUCCCUUCCAGCCCUGGAGGAGGUGGAUUCUUAGACUGAGAAGGUAAGAAGAGACUGGGGGUUGUGCCCUAUCCAGGAACCAAGCUUCUGUGCUGUAUGACCCUGAGCAAGAAGUCCAGCAGAAGCAGAACGGAUUCUGAUCCAGGGAGAAGCAUCAACCUGCAAUGCUGAAGGUCUCUUCUUCAAGGAAAGUCCACUGUGGGCACCAAGCUCAUCCACAAAAUCUUUACAGCCACCUCAAUAAAGACACA